AUGCCACACGGUAUCUCAAGCUUUGAUCUAAAUUUUGAUAAUGCGAACGAUCAAGGCAAGUACCGUUCAGCUCGAGGACAAUGCCAGGAGAAAUCGCGGACUCACAGGUUUCUACACCCCGAUGCCUUCCAAUGUCAGCGAGAUAUUGGUUGUACUGGAGCGCCUUACGGCGUUGCUCAAGAGCCCAACCAUUGGGCGCGAUCCCAAAGCGUCAAGGACGACGAUGGCAAGAACGCCUUGUUGCUGCUCCAUGCUUUUUCUUGCUACGCAUACCUACUCCGUUUGCUCAAGCCCCUGGUCACAUCACUUCACGGGCAGUGCCAGGGCAAUUCUUCUGAUACUGAAGGAUCAGAUGGCAAUUCCGUCACAGCAGCUGUAUCUCUCGGGACAUUCAGUCUAGCCUCUAGGCCAGCUUUGAACGCCAAGAUGACAAUGAAUCUGAUUAGUGACUUGGUCGAGGACCUUCACUCUUCCGUACGUGGUGCAAGGUUUUGCCCACUACAGAGUAGGCCAUCCGACCUCAUGGACACAGAGAGCCCAUCAGCGCCACUCAAGAGGACUGGGAGCCCGAUGAUGGGCGCAGCUAUGCACGUACUGGAGGAACUGCUUCACGAGGAGGACUUCAUUCUUCAAAAACUCCGCAGCUGCACGUUUACAUCUGCUCCACAUUCAUGA